AUGACGCUACCCUGGGCCCUCGCAAUCCUGAGCCUCCUGCCUCUGCUGGAGGCCCAGAAGCUGCCAUGUGCCAACCUGACGGCAGCACCUAUCACCAAUGCCACCCUGGAACGGAUCUCUGGCAAGUGGUUUUAUAUCGCUUCAGCUGUUCGAAACCCCAAGUACAAGCAGGAGGCUCAAGCGAUCCAAGCGGACGUCUUUUACUUCACUGCCAACCUGACGGAAGACACUGUACUGCUCAGAGAAUACCAGACCAAGGGGGACAAGUGUAUCUAUAACUCCAGCUACCUGAAGGUCCAGCGAGAAAAUGGGUCCCUCUCCCAUCACGAAGUGGGCAGAGAAUAUGUCGUCUACUUGGUGCUCCUCCAGGACCCGAGGACCUUCAUAUUUACCGCCUACCCAGAAGACAAGGAGAACCAGGGACUGUCCUUCUACACUGACAAGCCGGAGGCCACCCAGGAGCAGCUGGAAGUGUUCCAUGAAGCUAUGGCAUGUAUGGGCAUGCAGAAGUCGGAAGCCAUGUACGCAGACUGGAAAAAGGAUCAGUGCGGGCCGCUGGAGAAGCAGCACGAUGAGGAGAGGAAGAAGAAAACAGAGGAGUCCUAG